AUGAAUUCAGACAAGGACAAUGUCCCUCCGUUGCUCACCCAGCUCAUCCCGGCCGGCCACUGUACAUGCCAAACAUCGACUACAUUUAACUGCUCACAUUCGCUGGCGUCGAUAAACUCAGAGCCAUCUUCCCCAGCGGCCCCGUCGUCGCGCUGGAGGUUCGAAUACGACCGUGAUAAGAUAAAUGUGAGUCUCAGUCCGUCACAAUGCAAGGCGGCAUUCCCGGGAUUAUUCGAGGAUUCGAACCGGGCAGCAGCCUUCUGGGGUUCCCAGGGCGGCGUCUCUAUGAAACAUCUAGAUAAUAUCAAACUCAACAACGGGAUGUCUCGAGUGAUCAUACAUAACGGGGAGUUAUAUGUUGUCGCCGCCAGAGCAGCUCAGGAGGACCAUCGAAAGAAGAUACUGGCGGUGCUAAGCUCUAUGCAUCAUGCCCUUUCCGGAGCAGUUGGGAAUUGGACACAGCCUAGCAUCGAGUUUAUAUUUUCCGUCGAAGACAGGGUCGAUGAUGUCGCUGCACCGGGUCAUCCUCUCUGGGCAUUGGCUAGAAAGGCGACUGAGGAGUCCGUAUGGCUGAUUCCUGACUUUGGGUUCUGGGCUUGGGACAAUGCAGCAAAUGCAAUUGGUCCCUAUAACCAGGUUGUUGACCGUAUACAACGGCAAGAGGUCACUGUACCUUGGUCAUCCAAGGCUGACAAGCUCGUCUGGAGGGGGAAGCUAAGUUUUGCGCCAAAGCUGAGACGGAAUCUGCUCGACGUCGCCCGGGACCAGCCUUGGGGUGAUGUCAAGGAAAUCGUCUGGACUGAGAAGCAGAACUUCAUUAGCAUGGACGACCAUUGCAAGUACAAGUUCAUCGCCCAUGUUGAAGGUAAAUCCAGCAUCUAUACCUCAAAACACUCGUUGGCAAACGCCGCUAACCUUUUGUUUGUUCCCAUCUAG